ACCGUCGAAAGAGAAGCUGCACAUCAUGAAUGUAGCAUUGAUGAUGAAUUGUUCUUCCAUUGCCCUCAUCUCGAUGAUGCUGUGCUAUUGAUUUUGGAAAUUGUGGAAACUCCAAUUCACAGGAGAGGCGAUAACCCAGUUAUUACGGUGGCAUGGGGUUUGCUACCUAUCGGCGGUUAUGGCGAAACGAUCCUAGAGUAUUCCCGAGUCCCGGCUGGCUUUGAUUUACAAAGAGUCAAGCUUUACCCUGGAUCACCAAAGGUCCUCACAUUCAGUUCAAAGUCUUAUCAGGAGUCCGUAGUCACCGGAACUCUUGAGGCUUCGCUCUACUCCCAUUCCUUAUUGAGCGAUGCUGUGGACUAUUUCCCAGAUUUUUGUAUAAUUGGAAAUCGACUGAGUAUCCCUGGAUUAGUGGCGAAUGAUAGAGAGCCCCAGUUGGCAUCACCGGCUCAGCUUCCACGCGUGCUGUCAUCAUUGGAUGAGAUCUCGCUAUCCUUUGGGCCACAUGCUGAGCGUAUUGAAAAGCUUAUUCUUGAAGACAUAAAUAUUGACCGGUUAUGUCGAGAGAAUCUUCCGCCCGAAGUAAAUGGGGAGCCAAUGCAAGUUUUAGAACGAAGAUUACGGGUGACUUUAUCUGCCCAUUUUUGA